AUGUCAACAGGUUAUGAACGAAUUGAUCAAGAAACUCUCAGAAGAGACGAUCAACUAAAUGGAUUAUUAUAAAGAAUCAGAGAAGAUGUUAUGAAAGGAUAUAUUGUUGAGGUCAAAACUAGAGCUAAUACCUAUAAUCAAGUAAUGAAGUUAAUCAAAUUAGUUAGACAACAAUUCUAAAUAAAGUUCUAGAUUAUCAUCAAUGAGCAACUCGAUAGUUAAACAACCUAUGAUUUAAUAAAAUAAUUAAGUCAAAGACUUAAAUGAAAUAGCUGUUGUCUCUUAGCGAGAUCAAUAAUAAAUGUCAAAUCUUUCUAAAACAUUCAUUGCUUCUCCCCCAAAAGUUAGAAGUGAGAUCGUGAAACCAGUUGUUUUAAACUAUGAAUUUUCUCCAGAUCAAACUUAAAAUUCUAUACCAUAAAAAGAAGAACUUUAAACUCCUAAAACAAUAUCUCAAUAAUUAGAUGAUAUAGAAAAGAAUGCAGAUACAGGUGAUUUUUAAAACUAUAUCAAAAUCUUAAAGUCAAUCACUAAUUAGCUCUAAAAUUCAAUGAUAGAAAAUGAUCAUGAUUGCAACCAUAUGCUCAAUUAAGCAAUAUAGACUGUUAGAACUAUGUGUUUAUUAACAAGAUUUUAUAAAUAAGUAGGUGAUUUCAAGAAUGCUAUUAAAUAAUUAAAAACUAUAUAGAAACAGUUCAAGAUUUUAGAACCAAAUUUAGAAGGAAAAAUUUUAAUUGAAUUAGGAAAAUUACACUUUCUCAAUUAAGCUUAUUAAAAUGCUCAAUCCACAUUUUAUGAAGCUCUUUAAUAUUAUGAAAAAUUAUAAUGGAAAUCUGAAAUAACUUAUAUAUUGCUGUUGAUGGCAAAAUUACAUUCUUGGACUAGUAAUUGAUAAUUUAUAUUUAGAAAAUUUCGAUCUCUCUAAAAAAUUAAUUUAUGGAGCAAUAGCUAUUCUUAAAGAAUUCGUUCCAGAUGAUCAUGAAUUUAUAGCUGAGGCUUAUGUUUCAUUAGGUGAAUGCAAUUAUAUUUAAAAAAAUACAGAUGAAGCUAUUGAAUUUCUUAUGAAGGCAGUUAACAUUAAAUAUAAAAUAUAUAAGGACUAUAAACAUCUUAAAUUUGUUGAAGUAUUCAAUCUUUUAGGAUUAACAUAUGGAUUAGUGCCAGAUAUUUAAUAAUCACUCAAUUACUUUAUUUAAGCAUUAUAAUGUUUUCAGUAAAAUAUUCAAACAUAAUUAGAAAAAACUGUGUUUAAAGAGCAUAAAUUCUUAAUAACAUAGCUGUGAUCUAUUAAUCAUAAGGAGAUGUAGACAAAGCUAGCAAAUGUCAUUUCAGGGCCAAAGAAAUAUACUCAACUUUCUUACCAAGUUAGCAUAAUUAGAUGUAAAGAUUAAUUUUAAAUUAAACUUGUAUAUCUCCCCCAAUUUGA